CAGUCUACACGUGGUUAGAGAUCAUCAAUUUGCCAUAUAUACUGUUAACCUCAGGAUUCAGGAACCAACCAUUAAAGUAAAUACAGAUUGUUGCAGCAAGUGAGAUGUUUAAGCGCAGAGCUCUAGACUUAACGGAGGACCUCUUGCAGGGAGAGCAAGCUGUGCAUGAUGCUAUUAUCAAAGUGUCAUCUUCCAGAACAAAAGCUCACACUCUGCUGUUGAGAUGGGCCAGUGGCGAGGAUAACUCUCUCAUCUUCUCACUCUUCAAGAGGUUGGCUGACAUUCAAUGGAUGUACAAUGAAGCUACAAAGCAAAUGGCUGAGAAGCAUUUGCGAUUGAGUAAAGCUUUCAAGCAGAUCUUCCAAGAGGAAAAAGUGCUGGAGGAAUCAAGGAAAGAGUUACAAGGGUCAUCAGCAAAAAUAACCAAACUUCAGAAACAGGUUGAUGUUGCUAGUAAGAAGGGUGACCACCUGAAGAAGCAGUCACUGGAAGCAGACCUAAACACUCAAACUUCUUCGUGUGAGAGCCUCACUGCAGCUGUUGAGAUCAAGGCCCAAAAACACGAGCUGUACAAGAUUAGUCAGUUGAAGAAAGCGCUCGUGUGUCAAGCGGAGGGAGUUAUCACUCUCUCUGGCCACUGUCAGCAGCUGUACGCCUCACAGAUGCAGCUCAUCGACCUACUGCCGGACACACCCCUAGAGAGCUCAGACAUGAUGGCAGAGGAGGUUAACCGUCGCAUGACAGACGUUGUGAAAAGGGUGUCAAACUUGCUGGACUUUCAACCUCCCCCCCACGUUGGUAUGGACCAGAGCCCCCCCACUGAGAACUCCGACAAGACCAUCCCCCUCUCUGCAUUUGGGGUGCUCUUGAAGCGUCACAAGUCAGCAGAGAAUCUUGGGACAGUGGAGCCCAAGUCCCAACUGAAAGAAGAGGUAGUUCGACCGGAGGCCAACUACACAAAGGGCAUGUACUGUGAGAUAAUGAUCCCUGAACCAGGCUCCAGUAGUGCCUUCCCCACCGUCCACAAUAGCCCUAUUCCCAUGAGGAGGUCGCAAUCGAGCUCCAGUCCUGCAACUAGUUGUCGAGUCAUGCCAGAGAAGCACCGAAGUGCCAUACUCGUGGACACAUACAAGGAGCCUAGUGACGGGCUAUUAGGAGCAGCUGUUCCUCUCGACACAGACUCAGAGACAAUCUCCAUACCAGACACAAGCUCGGAGGACUUACCUUGUGAUGAAGAGUUGGAUCAAGGAUACGCUCAAAUAACCAUACUCCCCUCCCCUUCGGCAAAGAGCAGCACAUCAACCAGUCCCGAUAUUGACAACUGCAAUGGCUACGCUAGACCUGCCGAUGUUGUCCCUUUCGAACCACUAAAUUACAACUGGGACAGGCAGCAUCGAAUCGGCAAGAGGAACAUGGCCAGUCCACCAAUACCUGAAGGAAGGAGUGUCUCUCCGUAUGAAUCAAUCAACAAUAUUCAGAAACUAAAGAAAGAGCAGCAAAAAAAAUUGAAAAUGGAGCAAGAAAAGAUGUCGGAGAAACUUCAGGAGAGUGAUGAGCACAUUUACUCAAAGCCAUUUGAUGCUAUCAGCUGUAACAGUCCUCUGAAAGUGUCAACAGAGUCGACAAAGAACCAAGUGAUUGUGGCCCCACCUAUAUUACCAAGAUCGACUGGAAGAUUCCCAAAUGAGAAAGCAGUGAAAUCACUGCACCAAGCCAACGGAAAAACUGACGAAGAAAACUUAUCACCUCCUGCAAGACCACCAUUAGGAAGAUGCUUAAGUGCUAAGAAGUAUAAAAAACUGCCCGCUUCGAUUGUGCCUCCUGAUGUUGUCAUCCCAGGAAAUAAGACACAUGUUCUUAUUGAGCUAGAGACGAAGAAGACACAGCCAGUUGAUCAGGGUGAGAGCAAUCCAAAGUUCUUUGUGAGGAGUGGGUCAGCCGGAUCACUUCGAGGCACCCACUUUAAGCCGAUAGCACAGAGAAUCAACAAACUGCAUUCGGGACAAGCAACUGUGAUUAAUGGAACUGUGAUUAAUGGAACUGUGAUUAAUGGAACCAAGAAACCUUUGCUAGCCCCUAAACCCAGACAGUAGUUAUAUUGUGUGUUUUUAUUAUGCUUCACUAAUUCAAUUCAAGUCACUUUUGUACUAAUUCAUGAAGUGUGUUUUCAAUGACAUCGCCUGCACUAAAAGUUUUGUUGUGCAAUAAAAUUAAUUGUAAAUAUCCUG